CAUAAGAUCUGGUUUGCUCCAUUUCCAACACUAUAGGCUUCUGCAUUUCAGAAUAAUCUGCCAGAUGUCACAAAAGUUAGUGAAUGCCUCAGUGCAAGAUAAAUAUUGUCUCCCUUUAUGGGUUGAAGUAGUGCACUACUGCUAAUGCAUAUUUCCAUUUUAUUUUAUAGAUCACAGCGACUCAAAUUCAGGUUGAACCUGUAUGAAUUAAAAGAAGGCAGACAGAUCAAACCAAAAACGUUUAUGAGCAUGGUCUCAAACCUCCUCUAUGAGCGACGAUUUGGUCCAUACUAUGUUGAACCAGUGAUUGCAGGUCUUGAUCCAAAAACCUACCAACCAUUUAUUUGUUCGCUUGACUUAAUUGGCUGCCCAAUGGAGACCGAAGACUUUGUGGUCAGUGGAACAUGCUCGGAACAAAUGUAUGGGAUGUGUGAAUCCCUUUGGGAACCAGACAUGGAACCAGAAGAUCUGUUUGAAACCAUUUCUCAGGCUAUGCUGAAUGCUGUGGACAGAGAUGCUGUAUCUGGUAUGGGUGUCAUCGUGCACAUCAUUGAAAAAGACAAGAUUACCACCAGAACAUUAAAAGCUCGUAUGGAUUAAAAGCAAAACUUCUGUAACCAACUUUGCAAUACAAUGUUUUUGUUUAAUUGUAGUUUCUCUUCUGACACACCUGAAAUAGCAGGAGAUUGUCAGUCAAUCUAAGAAUUUUAAUGGAAUAACUUUUCAUAUUCUGUUCGGCAGUCAUUGAGUAUUCUGUUUAUAUGAUGUGUGUAAUUCAAAAAUAAACUAGUUAUAUAACACA